AUGACUAGAUCUGCUCCCAAUGCUGGUCGGAACUUCGAGUCUGCGGUGACCAUCCAGGCUCUGCUCGACCGCGUCCAGCUGUUGGAGAAGAAGUUGGCCGAGAGAGCACGCACGACUACAAUUGAUAUAUCUUUAUCACCCGCUAGCAGGCUGUUAGCUCUUUUGGAGGUUCCUGCAGAGUCCGAACCUGCUGUGAGAGGGGUCUUCUCGAAAACGAGGUUUUUCGGUUCCAUUCCAUACGGUGUAUGGCUUGAGGAGGAUGAUACAGGGAUAGCCAAAAUAUUAGAUCGAUGCAAGGUAUUGGCAAGAGCUGCCAAAAUUAGACGACCAAUUCGCCAACGGGAUCCUGUGGAUUUUAAAGACCUUGUGCCAACGCGUGAGACCGCCGACCUACUUGUUCAAGGCUAUCUCCGUACCUUCGAGACUGUCUAUCGAAUCCUGCAUGUGCCCACUUUUCAGCAAGAAUAUCUUCAAUUCUGGAUCAAUCCACAGUCGGCCAGGCCUACUUUUGUAGUUCGGUUGCUUCUUGUUAUGGCUUUCGGCACUUGCUUUUAUAAGGGUCAAGAUGUCUCUAUAACGCCACGGACAACCGCAGCGCCGUGGAUCUAUGCCGCUCAGGCCUGGCUAGGUGGCCCUUCAGAGAAGAUCCGUGUCAAUAUCUCUUGUGUACAGAUACAGUGUCUUCUUCUUUUAGCCCGGCAGACCUGUGCAAUUGAUGGUGACCUGGUUUGGAUAUUGAGUGGUUCCUUAUUUCGAGCAGCAAUGUACGUUGGUGUACAUCGCGAUCCACAACAUCUCCCAAAGAUGCCCAGCUUCCAAGCAGAGCUACGGAGAAGGCUAUGGGCUUCCGUGCUGGAAAUUGUACUGCAGUCAAGAAUGGAUGCGGGUGGAGCACCACUGAUAUGUCGUGACGAUUAUGAUUGCGAACCUCCUUCGAGUAUUGACGACCUGGACAUGAAUGCUGAUGACCCCGCCGCCAUGCCCUUCGUCAUGGACGGAUUCACACAAACUACAAUCAAAAUUGCGCUUAUGAAGUCCUUCCCCGAGCUGGCAAAAGCGAUGAACGGUAUACGCCACGAACUUUCGUACGAUGAAGUGCUGAAACUUAACGGUGAGCUCAUCACCAUCUAUCGUGAAAACUCGUUUUAUCUCCUCAAUUCAGGAUAUCCUUCGCAAGAGGAAACCACGCGACCAACUCCGUUUCAAAUGAACUGCAUUUCUGUCCUCACUAAUAGCAUCAAUGAAAAUCCAAACGCAAACUCCAGGAACUCCAACGAUCACGAUGACUUUUACCGCCUAAUAUCCCACUCCGGAGCCUUCGUCCGCAGCACCCUCAUCUACGCGAAGUUCACCAUCUGCCUCGAACUUCUAUAUCAGCUGCAGGGGGACGCCUCGUCGAUCUUCCCUUCUUCCGUUCCUCCAUUUCUUUCCUGUUCAUCGUCAGCAGCGUCACGAUCAUGGCGAAGUGAGCUGCAUGCCGCAACAGAGAAUUACAUGCAAUUGGCCAAGGGCCGGAUCCUGGUGGGCGAAACGAAUAUUAAGGAGUAUCUGUUCGGCAGGUGUGUGAUGGAGCGGGCGCAACAGUUUGGGUGUGGGGAGGUUGACGAGCAAGAGGAGGACGGGAGUGCGGGGGCGAAUGACUCUAGUAAUGACUAUGAUGGAGGUUAUGAGGAGUAUCAGGGGAUUGAAUGGGAAGGCUUGGACUCACAGUUUCUCUUCGACAUACCGGAUUCUUGGUUAUUUUCCAGCUUACCGGCCGGUGGGACGUUUAAUAAUUAA